GGUGCUGCGCACGAAGGUUAGGUGAACGCCCAGGUUGCGGUGCACAGCGGAGCAGUCGAUGCAAAUGAAGAUGCCGUAUGUGACGGAGGACCAAGUGGGCGCCUUGGCCGCGCAGUCGAAGCAGGACUGUGGAGGACGGGAAAUAAGACCAUUAUUUUAUGAGGGUCCAGUGUCGAAGCAGGACUGCGGAGGACGGGAAGUAAGGUGAGCGGGGUGCCUCACUAGUCAAGGGCGACCUGGCGAAAGUAGGGCACUCACUUUGUUCGCUGGCUGGGCACGAAGGCGACUGAAUACCGACUCGAUCUCCUGCUUAGAAGGUCCUGCAGCUGGAUCGGCCAUGGCUUAAGGUUCAGACUUGAAUUUCUAACUUGGAACACGAAUAAUAAAAUACUGUUUUGAAUUUACGGUCACACUGGCCUUAAUAAAAAGAGUCAAGGACCAAUCACGGUUGGUUUAGUGCUUAUAUGUACGUAAGAAACAUAACGGGCUUUGGUUGGAAAAGAUUUCUGUGACUCCCCCGGGAGAAGCGAUCUUGGUGGGUUCAUCCGGAUUUGGCCCACUAUCUCAAGGACGAUGUUCAACAGAUCUCUUUUAGACAUUUUCCGGCUUACAUGCCAGUGAACGGGACCUAAAUUCCUAAGGAAUUCGAUAGAACCUAUCGCAAAUUACCGCCAAGAGAUUCGAUAAUUAUGUAACGCAAUCGAGUAUCUACAUCUAUAGAAUUCACUAACGCCAAUGCUGGACAAACACAUUAUUUCAAACCGAUUUCAAAAUAAUGAAAACAAGAAGUGGCAAGGCACUUACCUCUUCUGGUCGGGAUUUUGACUCCAGGCCCCGGAAAGCAGGCAGGCCUUCGUGCACGCCACAGCGCCUCGAAAAAAAUAAUCGCAUGGAGCCCUUCCAGGAUAUCUCGGAAACCUCAAAUCAAUGUGUCCAGGGCCUGAGGCCGUUAGAAGGUCACACGGAAUCCACCGAAGAAAGGGAGCAAGAUGCGGUGCUGGAGGGAAUUCACAUCAAGAGCGAGCCUAUUUGCGAAGACAUAUGGGAUGUUCUAGACGAGCUUGGGGAUAUACUAGAUGAGGCUGAGGAGCAAGCCGACAUGAUGGCCAAGGAGACGGAGGCUGAUUUGUUGGAGGAAGAGCACGCCGAGUCAAAUGACUAUGGAGGUCCAUUGAUCCCGCCACCGCCGCCGUCCAUCUCACUCACCGAUGACCUUUCCUUGUACACCAGAAGAUCACGACCCUACAACGAAACAUCCCCUGUUAGCUUUGUUGAAUCCUUGCAAGAGUCGGGAGAAAUAUCCUCCAGUGAAUUGUCCGCCAAAAGUAUUAAUUCGCCUGAGAUUCCCCUAGAGUUCAGAUGCAGUCCAGAAGAGAACCCCGAACGUUGCAGGUUCAUGUUGAGAACAUCUUUUUUAAAGGCCAAGCACAUCAAACCCGAUCAGAGAAGUUUCCGCAGCAAAUCCAAAGAACGAAAACGUGCCCGAAAAAAGAGUCCCUCCCUGCAAAAACAAAUUCUUAGUCGCACCCCAAGCCCCCAGUUCAGAUGCGGAAUAAGGAGCCCUGCCUUGGAAGCCAAGAGAAGGUCAAGCCCGGCCAGCCACAGAAGGCGCAGAAGUCAGUCAAGAAACCACACACACAGCCGUAGGAAGAGCCAUUCCAGGGACCGGCAAGCGCGCGGCCAUAGAUCACCUCCGAGGCGAGGAUUCAGAUCCAGAUCUCGAAGUCCGAAUCGUACGAGUCAUUUUCGUUCCAUACGAAAUUGGCAUCCAAACAGACGAUCCAGGGAUACCUCUCCCAGUAUUAGGCACCUACACAGUCCCUUCCGUGGUCGACCUAGAUCUCCCGUGUUUAAAUCAAGGAGUGCCCGUAGAUACUCUCCAGUACGCCGACCUCGACAUCAUUCAAGGAGUACAUCUAGGCCAGCCAAAAGCUUGGUACGACAGCGACUGGAAAACAAAGUUACAUUGCGGGAUCGUUCAAGGAGUAGAUCUCGUCCGGCAAGAAAACCCAUUCAAGAGCGUUCAAGGAGCAGAUUAAAAUCAGCAAAGGUCACGCAGCGCAUGUUUUCAAGAAGCGCGUCGCAAUCGCCUUCCAAAAGCAAAAACAGGUCACUGGAAAAAGUGUCGCGCCAGCAUUCCUGCAGCAGAACCAACGACCCAAAGAUUCCCAUUCAAGGAAAGGAACGUUCAAGGAGUAGAUCUCAGCCUCUACAGAAACCAUCCGUCAAGCCACUUGUAGAAAGGUCCAGGUCGGCCGACCAAGGUGCUAAUGUUGAGGCUAAGCUGCCAGUGGAGCGCACAAUAUCUCCUAUCUCUCCGCGGCCCAUCUCCCCGAUGGUCACGCUCCACGACAAUCGAAUCAAGCGCCCCAAUGAUCUGCGCCAAUACUUGCUGCCCACUCCAGCAGCACCACAAAUUGUCUAUACGCAGACGCACUACACCCAGCUAGAGUACAGUGCGCACCAAUUUCCAGGUCACUUGCCCGGGCCUAUUGAUCAUCCUCCACCGGCGCUCUAUACUUUCGGUCGUCCUCCGCCGAUGCUCGGUCCUUUUGACUUGCGCCGUCGUUUGGCCACGACGCGCUCUCUUUAUUACCUGGCACCUAACGAUCUGCGCCACCGGAUCCAGGACAUGUAUGCGUCCCCACCCGACUUCAACGUCUACGCCGAGUGGCCCACGGAAUACCCCGAGCAAUACCCUGCUAGAGGUUACUUCUAAGAAACCACUUGUAAUCAUUUUAUGUUAUGACCAAGAAAAAAGCCUUUAUUUGUAUUACAAAAAAAAAGGAGUCAUAUUCUUUAUUCUAAA